CUGUUUUAAAACUGGCAGUUUAAAUUAAGUUGGCACACUACAGUUCCCUACAUUGCCGGCAUUAUUGAGGUUAUGAAAGUGAAACGUCAUUAAAACUUGAACCUCAAAACAUAAAUCUAUGAAAAUGACGGAAAAAACAGCAAAAGAAAAAACGAUAGCAACGCAAUACGUGGAGCUGAAUAAAUUUAGCCAAAAUGGGGAGCAUGAAAGGGCGUUAAAGGCAGCAAAUAAAAUUUUGGGGGUUGCCCCUCAAGAGUUUCUUGCUUUUCACUGCAAGAUUGUUUGCAUGAUUGAACUGCAAAAGUUUGAUGAUGCUAUAACUUUGUUGAAUAAAAACCCACAAUGGGUAACGGAUUUGGUAUUCGAAAAGGCUUACUGCUUUUAUAGAGUAAAUAAACAUAAUGAAGCAUUGGAAAUAAUUGAGCAAUAUGAUGAAGUAAGCGACUUACGUAUCAAAGAGUUGAAAGCUCAAAUAUUGUAUAGAAUAGAGAAAUUCACUGAAGCUGCCAAUUUGUAUCAAGAGAUCAUCAAAAACACAAAUGAUGAUUAUGAAGAGGAGAGGCAUACCAAUUUAAGUGCUGUUUCAGUUUAUUUGGAAAAUUCUGAGAGUCGUGAUUUUGAUGACUUGGGUGAUGGAACAUAUGAAUUAUGUUAUAAUAAGGCUUGUUUAUUAAUUGAAAAUGACAAUUUUGCUGAAGCUGAAAAGAAAUUAAGGCAAUGUGAAAAAUUAUGCCGGGAAUCUUUGGAGGAAGAUGAGUCGACUGAAGAUGAAAUUGAUUUGGAGUUAGCACUAAUUAGAAUUCAAUUGGCCUAUGUGUAUCAAAAACAGGGCAGAGUGAAGGAAGCGCAGCAAAUCUACGUUUCAAAUCUGAAACUGAAGAUUGAAGACAUCGCUUUGGUGGCUGUGGCGAGCAACAAUGCCGUUUGCAUAAACAAAGACCAAAACUUGUUCGACUCGAAGAAGAAAAUGAAAACGGCGAUGAACGAGAAUUUGCAAUUUAAACUGCCCUCGAAACAACGUAAAUUUAUCGCAUUGAAUAACGCCAUUUUGAAUUACUACAUAAACCAAAGCGAUCAGUGCGAGAAGUGCUGCAAACAAAUUGAGUCGACCUGGCCGGAAUUGUCUCUGCAUACAACCGUACUUUCUGCGCUGACGCUGGUGAAAAGCGAGAAGUACGACGCAGCAAUAAAGGUGUUGGAGGGAUAUUCGGCGAAGGCAAGCAAAAGCGAUGCGUUGUUCACGAAGCUAUGCAUUGCCCAGUUGUAUUUAAUACAGGGUGAAAAGCUGAAAGCUUGCAAGGUAUUGGAAAACCUUGGGGAGAACAGUUAUAGGCCCGCAAUUGUCGGCUCUUUAACUACCUUGUACCUAGGCUUAGGGGACGAAGAAACCGCUUUGAAAGUGUUCGAAAAAACCGUGGAUUGGUACAAGAAAAACAAAAUUAAGGAUGUCGAUUUGUCUAGUUUAUGGAGACAGGCUGCUGAUUUCCAUAUUAAAAAUGGACACCCUCAAGUGGCUGCCAAUAGUUUGGAAGAGCUUCUAACAGCCAACAAGGAUGACAAGAGAAUUGUAGCUCAGCUGAUUUUGGCCUGCUCACAGUUUGACAAAAACAGGGCCACAACCUUGUCAAAACAACUGCCAAGCAUAAAAGAACUAUCGGUGGGCGUAGACCUUGAAAACCUUCAAAUAAUAACAUCAUCAGCAGUUGCUAAUGCAAAGAAAAGUCCAGGCGUCAGACAGGACUCCAAUCCAGGCACUCCAAAAACCGACGAGACGGUCAAGAAGGCAAAAAAACGUAAGUCCAGGAAAAACAAGCUCAAGAACUAUGAUUCAAACUCGGCCCCAGACCCUGAACGCUGGUUGCCUAAGUAUGAAAGAUCUGGAUACAGAAAGAAACGCGAUAGAAGAACUAAGGAUGUUAUUAAGGGAUCGCAAGGAACAGCUUCUGGGCAAGCUGAGCAAUACGAUUUCUCCAAAUACGUCGAGGAGGCCCAAGAGAGUCCCGGAUCGAAUGUGGACCCCUCCCCAAAGAUGGCUAAAGGUGCCUUCCCACAGAAAAAUAAAGGCGCGCAAAAGAAGAAGAAUAAACGCCGUUAAACAUAGUUAUUUUGUAUUUUGUUAAACCACUACAAUUAAAAAAGUUAUUAAAUUCGUUUAUAUAUAUA